AUGUCAGACCGUGACUCUCCCGCGCCCGCCACAGACGCUAAGACGCUGUCCCCAUCCCGACGCUCAAGAUCACGGUCGCCGCCUCGCAAGAACAAGAAAACUAGCAGCGGCUUCAAAUGGAAGCAAAAGCCCUCCGCCGCCGCCGAUGCCGACGACUCCCGGCGCGACAACCGGCGCUCGAGAUACGACGAUGACCCUCGCGGCUCCUCGUCGAGGCCCAGCUACCGCGACGACUACCGCCGCGACCCCAGAGACCGCGACAGCGACCGACCGCGCGACAGCAGAGACGCAGACCGGGACAGGAACCGCGACCGAGACCGCGACACGCGGCGGCGCAGCCGCUCCCCACGGCGCGACAGGGAUGAUCGGCCCAGGGACAGGGACAGGGACAACCGACCGCCGAGGCGCGAGAAGAAGGAGAAAGCGCCUGCGCCCGCCCCUGUGGCGGCGGCGGGCGGCGAGGAGAUGAUCAUCGUGCAUGUCAACGACCGGCUGGGGACCAAGGCGGCGAUCCCGUGCUUCGGGUCCGAUCUCGUGGGGCAGUUCAAGGUGAUGGUGGCGGGCCGCAUCGGGCGGGAGCCGCACGAGAUAUUGCUCAAGAGGCAGGGGGAGAGGCCGUUCAAGGACCACAUCUGCCUCGCGGACUACGGGGUCAGCAACGGGGUGCAGCUGGACCUGGAGGUCGACACGGGUGACUGA